AUGACCAGGCGACCCAAGGAUGAAAGAAGCUUUCGUCCGACCUUCAAGUCCGGAACGAAAACCCGAAAAAAAGGGGGCGGCGAAACCGAUUGGCGAGAUCAAAGAUAUACUCAAGCUAGCGGGGGAGUUCAAGGAGAUGGUGACCCAAAUGGCCUUCGAGAAAUUCGAUUUUCACCAAUGGUUCAGGUCGAGGCUGUCAUGCUGGAGUGCACGGGAGCCACACCUCGCCCGCUGGACACCUCGCCACCCGCUCCGCUGAGCCCCCGUGCCUGUAGAAAAAACAACGCCCCAGCAUCGGUGGUGGCGGGCAGCAACUAUAAGGCUCCUACACGGGUGGCUCCACCCUCAAACGAACGUCUGGGAUCUGGUCCCGAAGACACCCUCAAAGAACGAGCACCCGAGAUAGGGGAUGAUCUUCAGACGCAAGGGACGGACGUCAGCACUCUCGCUUCCACGGACAGUCCAAUACCUCACUUAGCGCGCAACGUGGUCUUGGAGUUCGGAGAUCUGAUCGGAGAGCGAGUGGCUCGUGCGGCGUUGAAUCGGGCUGCGGCGUUUGGAGAGGAGAGGGUCGACCCUCGUACGGUGGUUGCCGUGGAGAGAGCUGCUGUGGCCAAGCUGCAAAAUCCGAGAGUGGUAGGGCAGGGAGCGCUUCCCCGGGAGCCUGAAAGGAAUGAUAAGGAUCGUGGGACGGAGCAAGGCGAGCUGCUAGCGUUCACCGAUCUAGGCAGGAAGGACGUGGAUCGCACGAGGAAGGUGUGGGCUCUGGCACGACUCGUCAACACCCACCACCCCCCUCCCGGCCAAGGCGAGCUGUGGAACUUCGACAACAGGAGAUAUUGGGACGUUUUGCCGCAACACGUCGUGCAGCAAGUGCUGCGAGUUGAAAAUGGAACUGAACCACUGUGCCUUCGACAAUACUACCCGCUGAACUUCAGACCGUCUUUCAAGGAUUGGGCAAGCAUGGUCGCUGCCAAAGAUUCAAGCUACACCCCACGAACCCUUGUGGCCUUGGGGGCUCUGAUGGAUAUUUCCAAGGCAGACCUCGAUCGCGCCAAGACUAAGAGCAUCAAGCUCUUCCCGGCAGACCACUCUCUUGUGGUGAUGAGCGGUUUCGUCGCCACUUCACAACGAUGGCUAUCGGUGUUUAAGGAUCAACAUGUCAUGGGCCUUCGGCUCACGGACAAAUCCGACAAUACAUCACCGCGGGGUCGCACAGGCGAAUCUCAUGGAGUGGACACGAAGGGCACCAAUGCCAAUCGACAAGUGGGCAUGAAGUUUGUGCUGGACUCUAAACGCAGCCCCGGCGGAAAGUGCCUUAGUGGCUUCGUACCAGAGGCUGCAAAGGACGAGUUUGCUCGUGCCGUAGUGGGGAAGGGUACGGUCGUGCGGUACAUGCGGGACGGCAGCAUCCAGAUGCUCUUCGUGACAGGAGACGUGGUUGUUCGCAAUGGUGAAGAAACAAUUCUGACAGACAAGUUUGGGAAGCGCUUCAGGAAAACACAAACCCCCGUUUCUCCGGCUGCUACUGGAAACGUCAACAACCCAACACCACCCGCAAAAGGCAAAGCCUCCAGAGCCACACCCCCUCCAAACGUUCUUCAAGCCUCCUGCACGGAAUGGGUUCCCAUCCCACCCUCAACGCACAAGCAAUCAUCCGGUCAGCCCAGCAUCGCAAACAAAGAUAAACAUGAUGACCGGACAGGUCCAACCUCGAGCGGCUUUAGUGCAUCGAAAAUGCCGGACGAUGGAACGCCUGUGACGGAUGUGGAAACCGGUGCCACUGUGUGGUGCCCCCCCGGCGGAAAUGGAAGGGUGAUCGUCGAGUACGAAGAUGAACUGACGGUGACCAGACACGCCGACGGGACCACGCAGAGGUGGCGCCAAGGGAAAGAGGACGGGGGUGCUGCUGCCGCGGGAUUGAUUCUGGUGGAAUGUCCUGGGUUUGCGUCGGUGGAGGUGGACAUCGAAGUCGAGGAAAUGUGCUCGAAGCACGCUAGGAGGAAGCCCGUCACCAUCACCCGGGGAGGCAACAGAGUUCGGCUCAGGGCCGUGAUGCCCAACGGAGGUGUGACGUUAGUGUCGUACGACACGAGAGUCACUUCUCAGGUCUGCGGAAGGGUGGUCUACGUGCACAGCGACAACACCGAGGUUAUUGCCAACGACAAAGGGGAAGUGGUGGUGCGUCCAAGAGGAAUGUGGGAGGGCGAGCCCGUACAUGGUAAGUUGGCCGGACCGAACUCGUCCAUGCCCCCGAACUGCGAGCAGCCAGACCUUCUUGUCGGGACUUAUAAGUUCGACUGCCUCAAAGGAGUUAUGGAAUCAGAAGAUACCGAUAGGAACCGCUUCGUCGUGGACGUGACGAAGACGGCCUUCCUGCGGGAAGACUUUUCCAUCUCCAGGGAAGGCGGGUCCACAGCUGACGGUGCCACCAGCCCCACUUCACCCAAGGAGAAACCAGAGAAGAGCAAGCGAGGUUCGAGCCGACCUUCCAGCGGGAAGUCCAACGGCGUGUCGAUUGACCUGGCUGGAGAAACAGCCGGCAUGCGAUCUGAGGCCCUUGUCAACGAACCCUUGGAGCCUCGCUUGUUCAUCUACCGUCGAGAUGGCUCCGCCCUAGAGUUGCUUCGGAACGACGACGCGAGAACGUGGUGUGAGCGUCUUGCACCCAUAUCCCCAUCUCAGUCGCAGCAGCAACAGCCCCGACUCGGGGUGAACAAGGACAACCAUGACAAUAGGAGGCGAUCGUUGGAUGGGCCAGCCCGGGCAGUGGAUGUGCGUGAACAAGACUGUUGCCCGGACCCACAUUCGCACGGGGCGCGGCAGCUGAGCUUCUACGUUCCUGUGUUACCGACGCCUCGAGGGGAAGGCUCGUUCGCGGCUCUCCUUCAGCAUUGGCCAGGCCGGGUUUUCGGAAAUGAUUACGAUCACACGGAAAACGUCGGAUCUAAGUCGAGCUGGAGAACGAGACCCCUGCCUCUAGCCGCCAGAGCAAGAUUGGGGGCACAAGUCGGGAUUCCUGCCCGUGGAUGUAGCACGGCGAUGGAGGCAUGUAUUCGCAGGGUCUGGCUAGAGCACCCCCCUCUCUCGACCACGGCGGCUGAGGGACUGAGGCAGUCUUUGGCCGAAUGGGAAGCCUGGAAGCAAUCAAGGAUAGCACAGAUCGACCGUUUCCUCGUGAGUGAUCCCCGACCGACGGAAGAGGUAGAGGCACAACGGUCAGUGCAAAAGAUGAUCCGAAAGGCUUUCCGCGAGGCCAAGGCUGCCAAGCAAAAGGCCAAAGAGAAGGCCAGGGCCGCAAGAGCACAGGCAGCGAAGGAGCAGGCGGCGGCGGUAAGAAUGUGUUUUGUAUUGUGUUUAGAAGUUUCUGCCGCUUCGGGCCCAGGUGUGUUGUGUGCUCCAGCUGAAUAUAUUGCGCACGUCGAAAGACGAAGUGCUUGCAUGGAAUACGAGAAGAUAAACGUUGGGUAGCACCCGUAACGGCAUCAGCCACAACAUAUUUCAUUCUCUGGGGGGUGUUU